AUGGGCGGAGUAUGCUCGUGUCUGGGCAAGCGGCAGCAUGCCUCGCAAGAUGGCGACCUCGACAGUAUCCUCGGCUCCGAUCAGAUCUCCUACGGCGCCACCGACAGCUUCGAUUAUGCGCAUGCACAGCCAGAUGAGCAGGAAUUGCAACGGGAGCGGGAUGCUCUGGAACACAUCACUGUCAACGCGACGGAUCAUAUGAUAGAUGUCCUGCAUCCCAACGAGUCCAACUUUAAUCACACCCAUACAACCGCACCGGGAACAGUCCACAGCAAUGGUGGCCAGGGUCAACACAUGGGAGAAGCGGAAUCAGAUACCCAAGAUGCGGAUGAGGACGCCUGGCUAGCUAGCAUUGCUGGCCUGGGUACAGCAGUGCGACCCCCGCAGAAACACACUCUUGUGCUGGAUGUGGCACAACUCAGGCAAGGCGCGCCGCAACAAAAGCAGCCCAACUUCUGA